GUAGCAAGUGCAUAUUUUUUUAGCACGUGGCGCUCGCUUUUAGCUUCGGAGCUUCUGAGUGGUUUGCUAGGCGGUUAUCUGCCGAAAGGCGGUUUGAUGGGCUGCGGGUAGGACUGUCCCUGUGGGGUUCCUGUUCCAGCUCUGGGCGGACGGCCUCCCCGGGCGUCGAGGCUUUGCGCGCUUCCGUCAUGGACUACCGGCGGCUGCUGAUGAGUCGGGUGGUCCCGGGGCAGUUCGACGACGCGGAUGCCUCCGACAGUGAAAGCAUUGACCUGAAGACCAGCAGAGAACAAGAUGGUGUUCUGUUUGAAGACCUGCAGAAUGUGUCUGAGAAGACGGGGGAAGGUGAGAUGGAGGAGGAGGAGGAGGAGGAGGAGGAAGAGUCCAAUGACGAUGACGACUGGGACUGGGAUGAUGGAGUUGGGAAGCUCACCAAGAGUUGCAUCUCAAAUGCAAGGAGUAACCCCCAGCCAAAUCGACAGACUUCCAAUUGCAAUUCAGCCAAAAUGUAUACUCCAGCAGACAAGGUCUUACGGAAAUUUGAGAAUAAAAUUAAUCUAGAUAAGCUAAAUGUUACUGAUUCUGUCAUAAAUAAAGUCACCGAAAAGUCUAGACAAAAGGAAGCAGAUAUGUAUCGCAUCAAAGAUAAGGCGGACAGAGCAACUGUGGAACAGGUGUUGGAUCCUAGAACACGAAUGAUAUUAUUCAAGAUGUUGACUAGAGGAAUCAUAUCCGAGAUAAAUGGCUGCAUAAGCACAGGAAAAGAAGCGAAUGUGUACCAUGCUAGCACAGCAAAUGGAGAGAGCAGAGCAAUCAAAAUUUACAAAACUUCCAUUUUGGUGUUCAAAGAUCGGGAUAAGUAUGUAAGUGGGGAAUUCAGAUUUCGUCAUGGCUAUUGUAAAGGAAACCCCAGGAAAAUGGUGAAAACCUGGGCAGAAAAAGAAAUGAGGAACUUAAUCAGGCUAAACACAGCGCAGAUCCCAUGCCCAGAACCUAUCAUGCUGAGAAGUCAUGUUCUUGUCAUGGGCUUCAUUGGUAAAGAUGACAUGCCAGCGCCACUGUUGAAAAACGUCCAGUUAUCAGAAUCCAAGGCUCGGGAGUUAUAUCUACAGCUCAUCCAGUAUAUGAGAAGAAUGUAUCAAGAUGCCAGACUUGUCCACGCAGAUCUCAGUGAAUUUAACAUGCUGUACCACAGUGGAGGUGUGUACAUCAUUGAUGUUUCUCAGUCCGUAGAGCAUGACCACCCACACGCCUUGGAGUUCUUAAGAAAGGACUGUGCCAAUGUCAACGAUUUCUUUUUGAAGCACAGUGUUGCUGUAAUGACUGUGCGGGAACUCUUUGAAUUUGUCACAGAUCCAUCCAUCACACAUGAGAACAUGGACGCUUACCUCUCAAAGGCCAUGGAAAUAGCAUCUCAAAGGACCAAGGAAGAACGGUCCAGCCAAGAGCAUGUGGAUGAAGAGGUGUUUAAGCGAGCAUAUAUUCCUAGAACCUUGAAUGAAGUAAAGAAUUAUGAAAGGGAUAUGGAUAUAAUGAUGAAAUUGAAGGAAGAGGACAUGGCCAUGAAUGCCCAACAAGACAAUAUUCUGUACCAGACGGUUACAGGAUUGAAGAAAGAUCUGUCUGGAGUUCAGAAGGUCCCUGCACUUCUAGACAAUCAGGCUAAGGGAGAGGCUUGUUCCAGUUCAGAAGAUGCUGGAAGCUCCGAGUGCUCUGACACAGAGGCUGAAGAGCAGCAAGACCAGGCCUGCCCCGGGAAACCCACUGCUGACACCGAAGUUGGUAAAAAGGAAAGAAAAAAGAUGGUCAAGGAAGCCCAGAGAGAGAAAAGAAAAAACAAAAUUCCAAAGCAUGUGAAAAAAAGAAAGGAGAAGACAGCCAAGAUGAAAAAGGGCAAAUAGAAUGAGAAAUUGAGACAUAGAAUAAUCUUCCAUCAGUCACUUUUCCCGC